AUGGGGAGCUCUGACAUAGCCUCUGGUUCCCCCAUCUCUUUGAAGAUGUAUCCAUUCUGGAGAGGGGAGCUCCAGGGAAUCGAAAACCUCCCUGUUCCAGGAGAUCAGCAGAAUAUGGUCUACAUAACAGCCGAGCAUCGGGCUGAGAUGACCCCUGCUGUUCCUUCCAGUGAGGCAGCUGUGUCUCCCUCAACCCUCACAAGCCCUCUGAGCACUUCACAGCUAAGGAAGCUCUCAUUCUGGCCUGUCAACUCGCAGAGCAUCGGUGUGUCCAGAGGCGCAGGAGGAAGCCUGUGUUUCAGACAAAACAUCAUAUCCUCCUCCACGACGCCUCCCCUGGUAACCAGUCCAGACAACUCAGAAGAAGAAAGUAAGUCCUUGAAAAGGAUCCUUGGUCUGCUGAGCCUCCAAGUACUGAAUGAAGAAACAAGUAACUGCAAAGAAGAAGUGAAGCCUCCACCAGCCACCACCACAGCCAGGGGACUUGUGAGGAGCAGCGGAUGGAACUUUCUGAGGUGUGCCUACAUGGUGAUAACGUUCUUCUUUGUGUCCUACAAUAAAGGAGACUGGUGUUACUGCCACUAUUGUAACCCGGACCUGGAUUUGAGAGAUGACCCCUGCUGUUCCUUCCAGUGA